UUCAGGGGCCGCAGAUGCAUGCGUGCGCGCGUGCACGGGGAGGGCGGUAGCGUGCCAUGUUGACGACGGACGCGAGCGAGCGACUGGAGAGGCAACAUGUCCACCGCAGCCGCCGAGCAGAUAAACAACAAUGAAGAACCGGGACUUAACGGAUCCUGGGUGGAGCUGGAAAUGAAUGGAAACACUCAACAGCAGAACCUCAGUGUGCCCUCCGUGCUUGGGAACGGGAAUGAAGGCGAGAUCCAGGCCUCACAGGCCCUAGAGCCCGUGCAGGAGGAAGAGGAGGCUCUUACAGGAGGACUGGAGCACGUACCAUCAUCAUCCUCUAUCCAUAAUGGAGAUAUGGAGAAAAUAUUACUGGAUGCUCAGCACGAGUCUAGCCCCAGUAGCUCCUCCUGCAACAGCCCACCGCGACCUCACAGCCCUGAGCAGGAUGAAGGCCAGAUCAUGUUUGAUGUGGAAAUGCCCAGCGAGAGAGACUGUCAGUCAGAGGAUGAUGGUUUGGAGAAGGACAGAGAUGAUGAUAUUCUCAUGAAUAAAGGGGAGAGUUGGGUGGCUGACUGGUCCAGUCGACCAGAAAACAUUCCCCCAAAGGAGUUUCACUUCCGCCACCCGAAGCGUUCUGGAUCUGUGACUCUCAGCAUGAGGAAGACGGGUGCUAUGAAGAAGGGUGGUGUGUUUUCUGCAGAGUUUAUCAAAGUCUUUGUGCCCUCAUUGCUGCUCACCCACAUCCUGGCCCUGGGACUGGGGAUCUACAUUGGGAAAAGGUUGAGCACACCCUCCACCAGCUCAUUUUAAACUCGAUCAGACCUGGUGCCUGGACGCCCCAUCUUCACGAGAGAAAACGUGUAAAAGCAGUGGCCAAACGUGUGACAAAUUCUCUCUCUUUUUCUUUUUUUCUCUCGCUCUCCAUCCAUCUUUCUCCUGUCUAUGGCUCUCUCUCUCAUCCCACUGGCAUCUGGUGUUUGCUACUGUGGUCCUGAUUCACCAUGAAGUUCUCGCUGUCCUGCAGUUUUUACUUUCUGAUGCCGUAACUCCUUGACUCAUAUUAGAUGUUUUUAUUUGUCUUUUAAUUUGAAAAGGUACAUAUUUCGCUGACCUCCUGUAUUACCCAUUGCAUCCACCGCAUUAUUACACAUUUUUCUGUUUGACAAACUUUAUAGGUGGCUGAUCGAAGAGUCUGCAGUGGCUCAGCGUUGCACAGGUGUACCUCCGAAUAUUUAACAUCUCAAUUACUCUGUUAGGUACCGCUGGACAGAAACACAGUAUAGUGCCGUAUUUGUGUAAAUUGGCCCUUAAUAGGAAUUUGUCUAAAAUGAAGUUUAUGACAUUUAAUCGUAGAGAUGUCCAAGAUAAUUUUGUUAUGAGUCUGCAUCGUAAAUGCACAAAGCUUUAUUUCGAUUAUUUAUUUAUUUAGUCUACUUCAUGACCUUAACUGACCUAGUGAUGCUUUCCAUGUUAGUGUGCUGCUUAUUGCAUUGCAACAUGAUGUUACAACAAUUUAGAGAUUUACUUUGCAUAGAAUGUAAAACUUAAGAGGCAAUAACUUAAAAGUCCAGAUUUGCACCCAAAUUCUUCUUAUAGCAGGAAAGAGUCGAUUCAACAGACACAAUAAUAAUUAAACCACCAGUUAAAAGGAGCCAACUGGUCAUAGUAGUUAACAACACAAACACACAUUUGCCUUGAUGCAUAUCCAGUUGUUUCAGACCGGGUUCACAGCGGUCUAUUUCAGUGCCAAAGGGUUUCCACUGUGAUGGUACAUCUGGCAAGCCAACACGAGUCUCCUCAUGUUUAAAUGAAGAUCACUGCCGUGCAAAAAAAGAUUUUCAAGAAAACAAUUUCUUAGUAUUUUUGUCUUUUUUAAAUUAAAAAUAUCUAAAAAUUCUUAAUUAAGAUGUUUUUUCUUGAUGAGCAAAACGACCCAAGAAAAUAAGUCUAGUUUUUAGACCAAAAAUAUCAAAUUUAAGUGAUUUUGUGCAUAAAACAAGCAAACAAAAAUUUGCCAAUGGGGUAAGCAAAAAAUCUUGAAAAAUUUUCUUAAACACUAAAUUAAAAAAAUUCAAGAAAAUUUAAUUUAAUAAUUAAUAAUAAAAAGUAGUAAAAUAGAAAAGCUAUUUCAGAAAAGCAAUAAGGUAAUUCAAAGCAAAAAAUUACUUUUUUGUCUACUAUUUUUGUCUUGUUGUCAGUAAAAAUAUUAAAAAAAUUAUUAAAUUAAGAUGAUGAACAAAAUGACCUAAGUCUAGGUUUUAGACAAAAAAAUAUACAAUUUAAGCAAAUUUGUGCUUAAAACAAGCAUAAAAAUCUGCCAACGGAAUAAGAAACAAUUUCUUGAUUUAAGUGUUUAUGAAAAAAGUAAACUUAUUUCAAGAAAUUUUUUUUUAUUCCAUUGGCAGAUUUUUUUUGCUUGUUUUAAGCACUAAUUUACUUUUUAAAAAAAAAUUGUCUAAAAACUAGACUAUCCUAGGUCACUUCGCUCAUCAACACUGCAAAAAAAAGAUUUUCAAGAAAAAAUUUCUUAGUAUUACGCACAAAAUCACUUCAAUUUGAUAUUUUUGGUCUAAUAACUAGACUUAUUUUCUUGGGUUGUUUUGCUCAUCAUGAAAAAGCUUCUUAAUUUAAGAAUUUUUAGAUAUUUUUUACUGAAACAAGACAAAAAUACUAAGAACAUUUUUUUCUUGAAAAUCAUUUUUUUGCAGUGUGGACACUCAGUUUGGUUUGAGAUGAUGUUUUUUCCCGUAGGUCACUCCAUGUUGACAACACCGUUGAGUCUUUGGUUUACUGUGAAUAUUAUAUUAUUAAUAGGCCUGGCGUUACCAUAGUUGUGUAUUAUAUGCCAUUUAUAUGUACAUUUGUCAAGCUAACAGAGGUUACAGUAAAAACUGGCGAUUCUGUAUCCUAUGUACAUAUUUAAUGCAAUGUAGCUUUAGCUUUACAGAUAGGAAACAUGUGUACAGUUACAUCAUUAAAUACGUCCAUGUUUCACACCAAAUUCGAAAAGGGGUGGGGGUAAAAACAUAAUGCAUGCACAGACUUUGAAAGACAUUGAAAUGGGACCUUGGUGUUUUCUUAACACGCUUUAUCUUCACUCUUAAGUAGCCUACACUUCUAUGAAGUUUCACCAGCAAAAUGUGAUCCUAAAAUAGUAAACACCCGACCUGGAUCCUUUUGCUAUGUUCACUUUUACUGAGGGGGAGUGAAACUACAAGAGGCUGAUUUUCUGUUACUUAAACUGUUCCUCAAAUUUUGUCCGCACCUGUUUUGAGCCCCAUUACCUGUGUGUGUUAUGAUGAGCUGUGGAGGGAGGGGCAGAAUAAGAACUGUGAAUGAAGAAGAAGUAGCUCAUGUCAGCAAUGAUAAACUAACCCUACCCUGAAUGUUGGAGGGAUCACAAUAUUACACAUUUUACGCACAUAAACUGUUGUAUUUUUUGUUGUUGUUUUGAAUUUUUGCUUAUAUUAGUGUGGAUUCUGGAGGGCGGGGCCCUCGUGACUGACAGCUCCUGGAUGUGUUAGCUUUGAUUUCUAAUAGUGACUGGAGCAAUGAAGUAAACAUCAUGUAGUUUCUUUAAUUUGUCAGAUACUGAAGGAAAGCUAAAUAAUAUUAAAAUGAAAAAUAUAACCUGA